AUGUCUAUUGAAAACCUUUAUUCCCAACACUUAUCUUCUAAGUCCAAUUAAGUUAAUGAUGGUAUUAACUUUUCGUCUUAUAAGCUUGAAUAAAUAGGCGAGUCAAGUAAUUCUUGUAUAUUCUCAAUCACAAACAAGAAUAAAUAAUCAUAAAUUUUGAAGGUUAUCAAACACAACUCAUAAAACUCUUACAAGUUAGAAGGCCGUGAACAAUGUUCAGGUCACUCUCGUGAAUGCGCUCAUUUACAAAAUGAAUAUAACAUGCUUAGAAAAUUAAAUCACCCAAACAUAAUUGAACUAAAACAUGAUUAAUUGAUUUAAAAUACAAGUAUUGUAGACACUAAUAUCAAUGGUUGCUGUAUUCUACUUGAAAAGGGUAAUUGCGAUUUACUAUAAAUGCUUAGUUAAGUAUAUCCUAAUGUAUUAGAAAUGUCCUACCUUAAAUAUUGCUUUAAAAAAAUUGCCUUUGCAAUUCAAUAUCUUCAUGAAGAAAAAAAAAUAGCUCAUAAUGACAUCAAGUUGGAAAAUAUUAUCUUAUUCAAUUCUGAACCUAAAAUUUCAGAUUUUGGCUUCGCCUAAAAACACGAAUUAGAUCCUAUAGUUCAGAUUAAAAACUGGCUUCACAGAUCAAAGAAGAAUGUAGCACCUGAAAUUAUAAAUAAUAUGAAAAAAUUAAAAGCUAAAUAAAUUGAUGACAUAAAGGCUUUUGAUGAAAGAAAAACUGAUAUUUUUGCUUUAGGUAUUGCUUUAUUCAACGCCUUGAUCCAUUAAAAUCCUUUUGAAAUCAUGGCUGAUUCCAAUGACUCACUUUACUCUAAAUUCUAUGAAUAAGAUGGAGCAUCCAAAUUUUGGAGUGAUCCUUAAAUUUCAAGAAUGUUAGAUUUCAUAUCAUCAUUUGAACAUUCAAAAGUACCACAGUUAAAAAACCUUUUAGAGGGAAUGUUACAUCCAAACCCAAAGUAAAGAUAUUGUAUAAAACAAGUUUUAUCUCAUGAAUGGUUCAACCUUUGA